AUCUUGUCGGGAGAAGGCGUGUCAGUCCCCCCCGGAUCCCUCAGCGCCCCUUUGUCCUCGCUCGGUGCCCAGGCUGCGACACUCAUGGCGGCCGUACCCGUCAGGCAGCGUUGCGGCUCGGUGAGCCCCCGGACGCAGCUCCCGCCCUGUUACUACGAAGGCUACCUGGAGAAGCGGGGACCGAAAGAGAAGGCAUCCAGGCGGCUGUGGACCUGUCUGUGUGGCAACUCCUUAUAUUUCUUCAAUAAUGCCAAGGAUAUUCAUUAUGUGGAGAAGCUGGACCUCGGUGGGUUUGUGUCCCUGAAGGAUGACAGCAGCCGGGACAAAAACCUGGAGGCAGCACGGCUCAUCCUCCGCAUGAAGGAUGGAGAGACCAAACUCACGGCGCCCAAUUUAGAGUCCCGAGAGCUCUGGAAGGGUUUCCUUUACUCUGUUACAGACUUAAACGUGCCGUCGUGUCUGACAUUGCUUCCGGGACAACUGCAAAUGUUAAAGGAGGUGGUGGACAAAGAAAGGUCCAGAAGGAGAUCCCGCAAUCCAGGCCGAGCUCCUCCUUCACCCCUCUCCGUUCCUUUAGUGGGGGAGAUCCCACCGUGUUUUCGUCCAGUGUCGCGCACUGAGGCCGAAGUCCUGCUGGAGAGACACCCGGACUGUGGCAACAUGUUGCUCCGUCCAGGCAGAGACGGGUGCUCGCUGGCCGUCACCACUCGACAGGAUCUUAACGGGUCAGUGUUCAGACAUUACAGAGUCACUCAGCGGGACCAAGGUGGUUACGUGAUUGAUGUGGAAAAUCCUAUUCCCUGUGCUACRCUACAUGAGGUCAUUGAUGCCUUGGUGGAGAGAACAGCAGGCACUCUGCAGCCUUUCCUGUURGAGGAGCCGUAUGAGGAAAACAUCACAUACGUUUCUGCUAAUGAUGAAAAUGGGGAGCGGAUUCUUCACACUGCCCCGACCAGCCCCCUCCCGAAGGCCCCCGCUCUGCCUCCAAAACAAGAUCGUUGGUGCAGUAGCCCUCUGUCCAGGUCUCCCGUCUCGGACCGUCGCAGCCGGACCGCCUCGCCCGUGCCGGCCUCGCCCACCAACCCCAUGAAGCGUCUCGUCCUGUCUCCUUCGCCUCUCUCACAGACGCUCAAUGAGGAACUGAAAAAGACACUGGAGAAAAGGCGAACCAGCCAGGAGUGACGWCGGGGCGAACCUUCCCGUUAGAACACCCUCAGUCUCUGGUGUUCAGCUUCUGUGCCUUCUCGGCUGGAAAACGAGUCAAAACCACCACUUUGUCUUACAGGGAGGGGAAAAGUGUUGUGUGCCAAUGAUGAACUUGAUGUGGCUAAACGGACACUGAUGCCUUGGUGGAGAAAUGACCUACUUGUGCUCUGUCCACUUGCACAACGAAACCCAGUCACUGAGAAUCAGUACAGCUGAACACGUGACAGACUACAAACUGAACCCAAUGUUUUCCUGUCUGAGCCCAACUCUAUAGGUGCUGACCUGCUGACCUCUCUGCUACAACACUGGAAACUAAAUGAUCUAGUACACCAGAGCAACAAGCUGCUGUCUGUGAUAGUCUGUGAAAGUGAAACGGACAAGCUCAGAAUUUCCUUUCUUUUAUCCCAYUACAAAACUGAGAGAGGAAAUACUGGAUGAGCUGGACAGAAACUGAAAACCGCACAAUGUUCGCCUACUGCCCUGAGAGCCACAGUUUACGUGACUGAUAAACAACCGUCAACACGUUGUYGGCUCGACGACUGACAGCUCUACUGUAACUGUAUGCAUAUUUUACCUGGUUUCGUGCUCUCUAAUGUUGUAAAUGUGUUUUGCGGUGCUAAGACUUUCCAUUGUUCUCUACGCAGGAGGAUUAGGGUCACAAGGCAAAAAAAGAAUCCUGAGUUCUGAUUUUAAUCUCAGAAUUCUGAAUUUUUUCUCAGAAUUGGAAAAAAAAAAUCAGAAUUCAGAGAAAAUAUCUCUUCCUGAGUUUUGACUUUAAUGCCAGAAUCCUGAGAAAAUAGUCAGAUUUAUUUAUUAUUGUUAUUUUUUUGCUCUGUGGCCCUAAUCUUCUACUGUAGCUCUUAGACAGAAAGAAAGAAAGAAAGAAAGAAAGAAAGAAAGAAAGAANGAAAGAAAGAAAGAAAGAAAGAAAGAAAGAAAGAAAGAAAGAAAGAAAGAAAGAAAGAAAGAAAGAAAGAAAGAAAGAAAGAAAGAAAGAAAUCUUCCAUCUGUGAGGGCGCCCUCUAGUGGAAAAGUUGUAAAUGGCAACAACAGAAGUUUCAUCAGCACACUGAGAAAGAACAAGUGCCUGAUGGUUUUUUUAAUGUUGCAAAGUGAACCUGACUUUUUGACAGUGUUAUACCUUGUAUCUUUACUUUAUUUACCUGAAUUCAGACCUGAAGGUGCUCAAACUCAUAUCUGACAGUUCUGUCUCCUGCUCUGGUAGGCUAUCAAACUGUGAACAACUGACUCACGUGUGUCUUUUUUUUCUCCCACAAUGAACAGUUUACAGAAUGUUUGUAUAUAAUAUGUUGUCUUCUUGGUUACCUCCAAAAGUAUAUGUUUGAUAAAUAUUGAAGGCAUUAAAUUGUUUUGCAUGGUUUGUUGUGUGUUAAUUGUGAACUGGUGACUUCUUAUUCUAAAAAUUAAAAGAAACAUUUAUUUAUAA